CUUAUUUUCCUAAAAUUCAACCACUGAUCCAUUGACUUGCAUGUAAAGACUUCUAUAGUGGUGACUCUGUUAGGGACUCAGUUUCAAGGGCUGGAAUUUCUUAACUGGGUGUUACUGUCAGAGGUUUUCAAUUUAAAAGAGAUAUUUGCAGAGAGGAAGUGAAGUGAGGUUGCACCAAAAUGUUGAGAGUAAUGAGUUACCAGUGAUCAUGGAGUUCCUGUGGAGCCAGCUUGUUCAAUAUGCUCUUGCAUGCAUUGGUCCAUGGCUGAUUAUCGAUUUUCUUUCAUGGGUCUUGUUUCCCCUGCUUGCACUGGUCUCUUUCAAUUUCUUGAGGCACAAACAAGGGUUAAAGAAAGACCAAAGAAAGCUGCCACCAGGGGAAAUGGGGUUUCCACUGAUUGGGGAGACCAUGGAGUUCUUCAAUGCUCAAAGGAGGAACCAGUUGUUUGAAGAGUUUGUUCAUCCUCGCCUUCAGAAACAUGGGAAGAUCUUCAAAACAAGGAUAAUGGGGUCUCCAACUGUGGUAGUAAAUGGAGCUGAAGCCAAUAAAUUUUUCUUGUCCAAUGAGUUCAAGUUGGUGAAAAGCUCUUGGCCUUCUUCCUCAGUUCAGCUCAUGGGAAGGGACUCUAUCAUGGAGAAAGACGGCGACCGGCACCGCUUCCUCCGCGGCGUUCUCAGCACCAGCCUCGGGUUUGGUGGACUAGAGGUACUAGUUCCAAAAUUGAGCAACUUUGUUAAGCUCCAUUUAGCUACAAACUGGCAGGGAAAAGAAAAAAUUAGUCUUUACCGCUCAACUAAAGUCUUAAAAUUUAGCAUAGUGUUUGAGUGCUUGUUGGGGAUCAAUGUGGAGCCAGGGAUGCUAGACACCUUUGAAAAAGUGUUGGAAGGAGUAUUUUCUCUUGCAAUUCUGUUUCCAGGUUCUAAGUUUUGGAGAGCAAUGAAAGCAAGGCAAGAGAUAGAAAAGAUGCUGGUGAAAGUGGUGAGAGAGAAGAGGAAGGAAAUAAUGGAAGGAAGGUUGCAAAGAGAAGAAGAGGGAAUGCUUUUGUUCAAAUUGGUAUCUGGGAUGAUCCAAGGGGAGAUCACUGAGAAAGAGGUGAUAGACAAUGUUGUGCUGCUAGUUUUUGCAGCUCAUGAUACUACUUCUUUUGCUGUUGCUAUGACAUUCAAGAUGCUGGCUCAGCAUCCUGAUUGCUAUGCUAAACUCCUUCAAGAACAUGUUGAUGUAAUGAGCAACAAAACGUUCGGUGAGAAUCUCAAUGUAGAGGACAUAAAGAAGAUGAAGUAUACCUGGCAAGUUGCUAGAGAAAGCAUGAGACUAUUCCCUCCCAUCUUUGGCUCUUUCAGGAAGGCUACUACUGAUAUUGAGUAUGAAGGAUUCACUAUACCAAGAGGAUGGAAGGUGCUAUGGACAACAUAUGGGACCCAUUACAAUGCAAACUAUUUUAAAGAUCCUCUGAGUUUCAACCCAAGUAGGUUUGAAGAGGGAAUACCCCAAUAUGCAUUUGUUCCCUUUGGAGGAGGGCCAAGAGUGUGUGCAGGGUACCAAUUAGCCAAGUUAAAUAUCCUCAUCUUUGUGCAUUGUGUUGUGACCCAAUAUGAAUGGUCCUUACUACAUCCAGAUGAGCCAGUUAAAAUGGAACCUCUUCCCUCUCCUUCAUUAGGAAUGCCUAUUAGAAUUUCUCCAAAGUAUAAGUAAGACUACCUCAACAAAUUUGUUUCACCACAAAAAGGAUUGUGCAAUUUGAGCACAUAAUCAAUAAGACAAUAAUUGAUAUUGUUCUGUUUUCUA